UCUCUCUCUCUUCCUUAGUAAACCCAACAAAAAAAAAGCAGUCUCAAUUAUUUCUGUCCCAAAGGAAAAAAAAAAGGGAAAGAAAAGAAAACACGACAGAAGGAAGAAGAAUCCCUAGAAAAAUCAGCCGAUCAUACUCCCGAUCAUCUCUGCGAGCGGCGGCCGCUGUUGAAUUGGACGAUCGGGUGUUGAAAUCCGGAGCGGGUGUUCGCCUCCCAUUCUCUCCGCUCGAUUUGACUGGGUUGGAAGACAACGUCAGCUGAGCUUUAACUGUUGCGAGAAUGGUGGCGGCAAAUCGGGAGAUGGUGGUCUACUGCUUCGACACUCUGGUCUCCCACUACAACAGCGAGGAAGCUCCGCCUCCCGCCUUCGAUGCCGGCCAACACCCUCUGUUUGUGACUUGGAAGAAAGUGGUUAAUGGUGGAGAGCCUCGCUUGCGUGGAUGUAUCGGAACUCUUGAAGCCCGCUGCUUAAUAAAUGGGUUCAGGGACUAUGCUCUAACCAGUGCUUUAAGGGACCGAAGAUUUCCUCCCAUACAGGCUAGGGAGCUGCCUACCCUAGAAUGUACAGUAUCCAUUUUAACUGACUAUGAAACUGCUAACAACUAUCUCGAUUGGGAGGUAGGAAAGCACGGUAUUAUAAUUGAGUUCACUGAUCCUGACUAUAGUACAAGGCGUAGUGCCACCUACUUACCUGAGGUGGCUGCUAAUGAAGGUUGGACUAAAGUGGAGGCUAUUGACUCCCUGAUGCGCAAAGCUGGCUAUAAUGGGACCAUCACUGAGUUGCUCAGGAAGCGCAUAAGACUGACCCGUUACCAGAGCACGAUUUUCAGCAUGCACUAUAGUGAAUACAUCUCAUAUGUGAAGACCACCCGAGGCGCUGCCCCUUCUAUUGCUGGGGCCAAGCCCGGGGCCCAUUGAUUUCGGCCCAAGCACCGCAUGCAUGCUAGCUCUGCGAAAAAUCUGCAGCAGAGCUAAAGCUUGGUCCAAACCAAACAUUUAUUUAAACCAAGAAACAAUUCAUUUCGGCUGUUGUGACCUGUCCAUAUAAUUCUUCAAAUUCAUCUGAUUUUGAAGAAAAUGAACCGCUCGAAACAUUUCGUGUAGGCUGCAAUUGGGCAAUUGGAACAUUGGUGGACAGUUGGGCCAGUGUUCUCUUUGAAGCUGUGCCACUGUAUGACUCCUCUUCCAUCACUCUUUAAUUUUAAGUACUCGGUGGUGUGCUUGAUUUACU